UCACAGCUGUGGUGUAUUAGCUUACAAAAUGGACCAACAGUUGAAAUCGAAUGGCAUGUCCAAAAUGGAGGAGGCAAAGAAUGUAAAGGAUGAAGAUAAACUUUACAAGUAUGAAGGGGUCCUUUACUCUUCCAUCAUGAGUCCCCAGGAAAAUCUCAAAGGUCUGGAGAACUUUGAGGCCAGACCAGAUGACCUUCUACUGGUGGCUUAUCCCAAAUGUGGUUUUAAUUGGAUGGUUUCUGUGAUUCGCAAAAUCAGGACUGCUUCUUCAGGGCAAAAUGAAAUGCCCAGUGGACCUCCACUGAUUGAAUUUUCCCCCCCCGAAGUGCAACAGCUGGCGAAAGACAGGCCCUCCCCUCGGUUUCUUGGCACACAUUUGCAUCCUGAUAACAUUCCCAGCUCUUUUAUUGCAAAGAAGACAAAGAUGCUGGUAGUGUUUAGAAACCCAAAAGAUACUGUUGUGUCCUACUACCACUUCAUGAACAACAACCCUGUUUUGCCAAAUACCAAAUCCUGGGAUGCCUUUUUCACAGACUUCAUGAAAGGAGAAGUGGCUUGGGGCUCUUACUUUGACCAUGCCCUGGCUUGGGAGAAACGCAUGGAUGAUCCAAAUGUGAUGAUUGUGACUUACGAGCAACUAAAGGAGAAUCUAGUGGACGGGGUGCGGAACAUAUCAAGGUUCUUUGGCUUUACUUUGACUGAUGAGCAAGUACAGACCAUUGCAAAUGAGAGCACCUUUAAUGCUAUGAAGGAGAGCUCCAAAAACAGUCAUGGUCAACAUGGCAAUGUCUUCUUUCGGAAAGGUGAAGUUGGAGACUGGAAAAACAAUUUCAGUGAGGCCCAAAGCAAACAGAUGGACGAAGAGUUUCAGAAGCUCUUGGCUGGUACGAAACUGGGAUCCAAAUUAAAAUAUGAUGUUUACUGCAAGUAAAAACAUUACCCUGCCGCUCCAAAUUAUGACUCCUUUAGCUAGAUAAAACUAUGAAAUCCAAUGUAAGCCUUUGACAGAUUUGUUAGAAUUUGGUAUUUCAAGGUAUUUAUUAAAAUAAAUAUACAAUAAAGAAUGAGGCAUUUGAUGUAAGCCUAUAAUGCCAAUAAGUAAUUUUGUCUUUUUUUACAGUUUUGGUUUAGCGUAUAAAAUAUCUGGUAAGUUGAGAACAAUAAUUUAGUUGUAGGCACAGACAUUUUUACAUUUGUUAAAGGUUAACAAUAACAGUAAUUUGGCUCUAUUUUGCUUGAACCUUUUAAUCCUGUUAAAAAGCUAACGCUUCUGUAAUUUGAAGACUGACGCAGAGUAGGUAGAGUGGAUUAUGGGAGUGUUUGAGGUGUUGAGAGGACUGUGGAGUUUAAAAGUAGGCCUGUAUAUAAAUUCUUUACCAGCUACCAAGCGUCUUUGCUGAAAAUGCUAAUUACAUAUUAAGUCAUGUGUCAAAUAACUGAUAUUAACACUGCCUCUUGUGGCUUAUGAGAUCUGAUCAUCCCUAUGAAAAAGAAUUGUCACCAUUCCAAUAAAUAAUGCACA